GCAUCGUUCGGUAAUCAGGCAGGCCGAACGGUUAGACCUAAUGUUACGGGUAUAUUUGUAUGUGUACACAGAAAUGAACAGUGUGUAGAAGACUCAACCUGUCAAAAGGGGUAAACAUUUCAUUAUUGCCUUUACUGAAGGACAAAUAAUUGCAUGUACAAAUGGCCUUGCGGCACUUAAUCCGCAAAUGUACCUAAGCCUUACCAAGUCUUUUCAUAAUCUUCCAUAUAAUUUUUAUGAUUAUGAUGUUGGAUAAGGAGAUAUUUUAUGAAGUUUUUGUAAAUCGUCUGAAACUUGAAUACAAAUCAAAAGGUUUAUAGGAUAUUAAUCUCUGUCUGAAUAAUAUGUGUAAUGUGUGUCAGCUGUUCCCGGAAGUGGCUGGUGUUUGUGACAUAAUACACGCUUCACUAAAGCUCUCGUGGGCUAACCGUCUGUUUGUAGGAACACAUUCACGGAUUUGUAUACACGGGGACAAUGAAAUGUCCUUAACAAUUUGUGGACACUUCAUUUUAUUCAGGUUGUGUUAUAACUAGGUCAGAGUGGUCAGUCUUCAAUAGUUAACAUACAUAAAACAUUCAUACAUGCGUGUCCGUCCUGUCUUAGGAGGCGGGUACAGGUGAGGCAAAGAUACGAAAGGAAAGGGCUAAAGGCCUUGUGACACUCGAACCACAGCUGUCAAGUCUUAGCCUGUAGAUAAUAUCCCCACAAAGGAGACGUCUGUCAGCGAUCUGAAUACAUGGUUACGGAAACUCGGGCAAUAAGGUAACGUGUCGCUUUAAGAUGCUAAUAUCGUUUGAUGCCAUGAAUUAGAUCCUCAACCAACGAAACCAAAAUGAAGAUGACAAUGUCGACCAAUACGAGCGGGGAGACGGUUAUACUGAAGAUCUGGGACACUGGCACAGUUCCAGGUCUGGUGUGUGCUAUGGUGGUAUCUGUUGUUCUGUCCGUUCUGCUUGAAUACAUCCACGUUCUAAUGAAGUACACGUUGGAGCAAAACAGCGCCGAAAAAUCCGUCAAAUACAGGAAGGAAAGGUCAAUGUUCUGCAGUGAUUCCAUGAAGACCCAGGUAAUAGUUACAAUAUACCAUGUGCUGCGUGUUGCCGUUGGAUACUGUUUGAUGUUAUUUGUGAUGACGUUUAACGUCUGGAUAUACACGUCAGUAGUUUUGGGGUCCGGAACUGGAUUUUUCCUCUCGCACGCAUUCCCGUGCGUGAGUGUUGCACCUGCACAGGACCGUGAUUCAGAUUCGCCUAUCCCGCUCUCAGAGCGACACGACGAGGAUUUGGACGUUCACCGUCAGGAGGAGGAGACGCUGUAUGUGAGGACAACACGGUGAUUUGAUACACGUGCUUUAAUUACAGGUGUGAUAAAACACACGAGAUUCUUGAGGAACACGUUUUCUUGACCAAUAUAUUGUUUACGUAUGACGCGUGUUUCUUUCGACGCUAUGAAUUGCUCAUGAUGAAGUGCGUCGACUUUUAAGACGCUGAGGGCGACACCUGAUAGUUCGUUGAUUGUAGACAGUCUACCUAUUCCCUGAACAUGAGGUUGUAAUGGAAUUAUCUCAAACCGAGGGGUAAUGCUCUUGAUUUGCUAAACCAAAGCUUGCUUUCAAGUCUCAACGUAGAGGACUGUGCUUGAAGUUUAUAACAUAUCUCAGAAGUUUCUAACCGCUGUUACGUCAUACUUACGUCAUCAAAGUGCUUCUUUCUACAUACUAUCAGGACGUGUCACAUAUCACUUUAUAUGAAGUAGCAUACUGUUAUCUAUUUAUUCAUUUUUAAUCUGAUAUCAAUAUGUAUUGUUCAUUUAUUACAUUGAUGUAUGUUAAUAACAUGCUUUAAGAACUGCUACACAGGGAAUAUAGACUUGCUUAGAGUAUUUAUUUAAUAUAUGCGAUAGAUUAUUGCUUGGUCGAUGGAUUUAUUAGUUUUGACAUAAGGAAUACAUAUUAGCUGUGUUUGGUCGUUAUUAAGGAUCCCUGUCCCUUUUUUAGUUAUUAAGAAUACCUGCCCCAUUGGACUGCACGUCCUUAAAUGAACUUAGCUGUUGAUAGGACGUUAAACUCAUUGGACUGUGUUUGUUUAUAUAUAUAUACAAUAACCUCCCUUAAUUUCGUUUUGGAUUAAAUAUAGCACAGUUGCGCCACGUCACUUCCGUUGGCUCACAAUAGUUAGCUCAGUCGGUUAGAGAUAUUUUAACAAUCUGAAAUCCAGGGUUCGAGUCCCGGUCUAGCCCCUUUGAAUUUGUUACACUUAAAACAGUGUUGUUUGUUCUUAUCAUUUGAACCAUUUUUCAUAAGAGUCCUGCAAGGUUUGGUUUUCUUUUCGGCAAUGAUUUAUUAAAGUUAUAAUCAUGCUGGAAAAACAGUUUCCAGUUUUUGACAGUGGUAGUGGGAUCCUUACGUGUUACAAAUUAACACACUUAAGCUUACUGGAAGUAUUAUAAGAAGUAAUAUAUCAGUAUGAACAUAGUGCAACGAGAAAGUGGAAACGAUAUACUGUAACACUGUCUCGCGUUCAUAUUUUGAACGGUGGUCCAUGUUCACAUUUGGACCCUUAUGGUGAUCAUUUGCAGGAUAUACAGGGUAUCUGCUUUUGUCGUAUAAGCUGAUGCUCUACAACACUUGCAGAUCAAUGGGGAGGGCCGGCGCUGUAUUAAUCCUAGUUGAGUUGAGUCAUAGACGCUGUGCUCGUUCUGUUCUCUUUAGUCAUAACAUGCAUGUAUUAAUUUCGACAUACAUAUGUUAGCUUCAACAUGGAUGCUUCUCUGAAGUGGAAUAUACUGUUGUUAUGCAUUUGUUUUUUAAUUAUGCAAAUAAAACCAAACUAAGAU